AUGACGAAGGUGAAAGAUGGCGGCGAUCCAUUCGAGAUACUGGACAUCCAUCCGCUGUUUACCAGCAUCGUACCAAGACUGAAACGAAACCUGGGCUUGUUACCUCCAUCGCAACAAACGCUAUGGGUGAAGAAAUUCGCGCGUUCAGUGCACGCUUUCGUCGCUGCACAAUCCCAAAUCCGGGAUAACCUUAGGGAGAAUAGGGUGCCGUCCCUACAAGAGUACCUCAUCUCGCGCCGAGAAGCGUAUGCCUCUUCCAUGUUCUGGGACCUCGUCGAACUACUCGACAUCUCCCCCCGUCCGAACGGGCGUAACCCUAACGAACACCUCAAGCUUAAACGGCUGACACAAUGUGCAGUGGAUGCUGUCGCUUGGGCUAUCGACGUAUUCGCAUACGCAGCCCCGUCCAGAUGCAACACCUACAACCUCAUCUCCCUCCUCACCUCCCACAAGAACCUCUCCGUCCAAGGCGCGAUGAACUACGCAGGCGGUAUGGUCCGCGAAACACUCGAAGAGUUUCAUCGUCUCGAACGGGAACUUGUUCCACUCACCAAACCUGACUCCGAUGGUCCUUCGUCGCACUCUCACCCACCUGCCACGACCACAAGCAGCAGUACUGUCUCCCCCUCCCCCUCUUCGUCUGGUAGCAGUAAUAACAGCCGUAGAUCCUCGGGGUGGGGUAGAUGGCUCUGGUCCAUCCCCGCCAGCCUCGUCGGCGACACCGGCACGAGUACUAGCAGCAGCAGCAGUACUGCUAAACCCACAAGCACGGGUAGACCCUACCUCUUAGGUAUUGACCCUUCCUCUCGAGACGGGUGGUUCCUAGGUUUCGACACCGACUCCAGCCUCAACUCUACCGCCACCACGCCAAUCAGCGACGACGACGGUUCCUCCAGCACCUUCGAUAACGCCUCCUUAAACCACUCCUCCUCCUCCUCCUUAGACCACUCUUCUUCCUCCUCCUCCGACCAUACCUCCCCCAGCCUACCCUCCCCCACCUCCCCCACCCCAUUCGACAACCCAGACACCGACCUCCUCACCACCACCAAAAACCUCUCCCGCUACAUCCUAUCUCUCAAAGACUACAUCGUGGGUAGCAUCCACUGGGGCUACGAGACUGAACUCUACUUCGGAACAAAGGGGGACGAGAUUAGGUCGUUUGGGUGGGUGUUUCUUAGUUGAGGUGUGGAGUACGGGUGUUUCUUUGUUGAGUUGAGUUGUGGGUGUUUAUCAGCUGCAUGCUGAUUGCUGAGGGAGUGUGCACGGUUUUGGAGUUGAGAGACUCGAGGCCGAGUAUUGGGUUGCGGAGGGACUGGGAAGAAAAACGCUUACUUGCAUAUAUAUCCAUACCUAUAUCUUGGGACGACUCUAAAUCUGUAUAUCCUCAAAUCGAGCAGACCGCCUUCCUCUCUCUUGAACUUACGUUUUGAGCUCGUCGGGCGCGACUAGUAAUAGUACAAAUAUUGCGUUUUUCC